GAGCCCGAUUGCCUUCUCUUUUUCCAGCGAAUCACUCGUCCGCGCAAUCAUCUUUCCAUCCCUCUUCGCGUCGGGGGGUCCGGCCAAACCAAGGACUCAAACCAGCUUGGCGUCGUAUUCUUCUCCCCACCUUUCCCCAACCUCCCGGCUCCUGCAAUCCGAUCUCCUCCCCCCUCCCACCCAGAUCAUGCGCAGCUCCGCCGCCGCCCAGCCCCCUCCUCCCGCCGCCAUGUACGGCUCCGGCCCCGCCUACGUCGCGCCGGCCUCUUCCUCCCCCGGCGGCGGCGGGUACUCCUACGGCGCCGGCUACGCCAAGAUCCCCACCAACCCCGCGCCCCCGUCGGCCUACCCCUACCCGAGCCCCAACCCUCCCCCGCCGCAGGUCUCCACCCAGGCCCCGAUCCAGGACCCCACGGCGCCGCCGUCCCCGCUCGCCAGGGCGGCCGAGCUCGUCACGCGCUUCCGCGAGCAGGGCCAGGCGCUCAUCGCGGCGCGCCGGCCCUGGGCCGAGGUCUUCCGCGCGCCGGCCUUCUCCAAGCCGCCCUCGCUCGGGGAGGCCGUCGCCCGGAUGCGCCGCAACACCGCCUACUUCCGCGCCAACUACGCGCUGGCCGUGGUCGCCGUCUUCGCGGCCUCGCUGCUCUGGCACCCGGGGACGCUCUUCGCGCUCCUCUUCCUCUGCGCCGCCUGGUUCUUCCUCUACUUCGCGCGCCCCGCGCAGGGGGGCCAGCCGCUGAGGGUCUUGGGGAUGGAGUUCGACGACGGCAGCGUGCUCGCCGCGCUCUGCGGCGUCACCGUUAUCGCCAUGCUCUUCACCAACGUCGGGUGGAACGUCGUGGGGUCCCUCAUGGUCGGGGCCGCGCUGGUCGGCGCCCACGCGGCGCUCAGGUCCACCGACGACCUCUUCCUCACGGAGCAGGAUGCCGCCGGGGACGGCCUGGUGGCCGCAUCCGGGCCCAUCCUGCCCACCUACGUCCGUAUUGGUUGAUCCCGUGCCUGGCCGUGGUGUGAUGAUGGUCUCCAAGGAGGUGCUGCCGCAUGCCUGAAUACCUAUUUGGCCUAUAACUUUGGAUAAGCAGCAACUCCGAAAGAAAGAAAGCCUUGGAGAUGCCCAACUGUACUGUGGAAACUGCUCUUUCUUAUGUAGUAUAACAGUUAACUACAUUGCAUCUGCAGUGCGUCAGUUUUGGUGACAUUUUGCUUGCUGGGACACUUGCCUGAAUUUCUGAACCACUGGAGAUUCAGGCUUUGCCAGGAGGCAACGGAAGUGAAACCUCCGUGUUCCUUCAUGAUCCAGAGGCAGAGGAUGCUCUCCCAGUGGGAUGGCAUUCUCAAUGCUGUUCACAAACUCUCUUUUUUUUGCAUCAAUUUGCGCUGGAUCACUAGUUGACAUACUCUUCUCUUCUUCUUCCAAGGCAUGCGCCUGUGUGUGGGCGCCGAUGGACCAACAGCUAUUUCUGUCCUCUUUGUGAGCGAAACCAGGGAACAGUCCGUCACCUGCUCUUGUUGUGCCCUUUUGCCUGCAGUCUCUGUAGCAUGAUGGGUCGGGUGUAAUUCUUUUCAGGCGACAAUCACCUGGAGGCGCCCAUAAUUCUUGUUUCAGCGUUUUGGCUGAGGAAAAUAAUUUUCGCGCUUCUUAUUAAUAUACAGUAUGCUGGCAA